UGUUUUUAUUGGAAAUGGAUUCGCAGAGUUUUUACAUUCGAAAGUGCUGUUUAUACAUCAAACCCUAAUCCAAUCCCUCUUACUUGCGCCGCAAGGCAACUGAAUAGACCAUGGCGGACGACGGCGGAGGAGGCGGAGGGUGCAGCAGAUUCUGCCGGAAAGAGGAUUUCUUGCCGGAGGAGUCGUUCCGAGACUGGGGAACCUACAAAAAAGCCUUGUCGGAGACCAAAACUCGAUUCAAGGAUCGGGUUCUCACACGAUCUCAGGACAGUUUCGAGCUCCAUGAGAUGCGUGGUCGGAGCCAGCACGAGAUGAAGAAAGCCCUCAACUGGUGGGACCUCACAUGGUUCGGUAUCGGCGCUGUCAUGGGCGCCGGAAUCUUCGUCCUUACCGGAGAAACCGCUCGGAACAACUCUGGCCCCGCUGUCGUUCUCUCUUACCUCAUCUCGGGCAUCUCUGCAUUGUUAUCCGUCUUGUGCUACACUGAAUUCUCGGUUGAGCUUCCCGUGGCCGGAGGCUCAUUCUCAUACCUUCGUGUCGAGCUCGGGGACUUCGUGGCUUACAUCGCCGCCGGAAACAUCCUUUUCGAGUACAUUGUCGCCGGAGCAAGCGUUGCAAGAUCAUGGACUUCCUAUUUCGCCACUCUCUGCAAUCACAGCCCUAAUGAUUUCCGAAUCACAGUCUCUUCCUUUGCUGAAGACUACAGUCACUUGGAUCCAAUUGCAAUCAUCAUCUCUGUGAUUGUAUGUGUCGGGGCUUGCCUCAGCAUCAAGGGCUCGUCCCGGUUCAAUUAUGUCGCCACAAUCCUCCACAUCGCGGUGGUUCUAUUCAUCCUCGUUGCGGGUUUGACUAAGGCAGACCUGCAUAACUUUACCGAGAACUUUGCACCUUUUGGAGUCAAGGGAAUUCUGCAGGCUUCUGCCAUUCUGUUCUUCGCGUACAUCGGGUUUGAUGGAGUGGCGACUCUAGGAGAAGAAGUGAAGAAUCCGAAGAGGGAUAUACCGAUUGGGAUGAUCAGUUCAAUGACGAUAACAAUCGUUGUAUACUGCGUCUUGGCUGCGACCCUGUGCCUGAUGCAGCCUUAUACUCAGAUUGAUGUGGACGCACCGUUCAGUAUGGCGUUUCAAGCCGUCGGGAUGGGAUGGGCUAAGUAUGUUGUGGCUCUGGGUGCGCUCAAGGGCAUGACCACUGUGCUUCUGGCUAAUGUCUUGGCUCAGGCUAGGUACUUCACCCACAUCGGUCGAACCCACAUGGCUCCGCCUUUCCUUGCAGCCGUCAACGAGAAAACAGGCAUGCCUGUGAAUGCCACCAUUGUCAUGACCGCAGCCAACUGUGUGGUAGCACUCUUCACGAGCCUUGACGUGCUUGCUAACCUCCUCUCCAUCUCAACCCUGUUUGUCUUCUCGGUUGUGGCCCUGGCCUUGCUAGUCAGGCGCUAUUAUGUCACAGGAGAAACUUCUGAUUCAGACAGGAACAAGCUCAUCGCGUUCUUGGCAGUGAUUGUGGGAUCAUCCAUUGCAUCCGCAGCCUACUGGGCCAUAACAGGAGGCAAAACAUGGGUCGGAUAUGCGGUGACUGUUCCCGUUUGGUUUCUGGCGACAUUAGGGCUGAACCUGACAUUGAAACAAGCAAGGAGUCCAAAGUUCUGGGGCGUACCUUUAGUUCCAUGGCUGCCAUCUGUUUCCAUCGCCAUCAAUGUCUUCAUAUUAGGAUCAAUCGACGGCCCUUCCUUCGUCAGAUUCAUGAUCUGGACAUUCGCUCUUCUUGUCUACUACUUCUUCGUGGUCCUGCAUGCAUCAUAUGACGCAGCAAAAGAGAUCGCUACAGCAGCAGCGGCAGCCAACAUAGAAGCGGGGGUUACAGACAAAUAAUUGCCACAAGUAACAAGAUUCUGGGAACUCAUCUUCUCUUGCAUUUGACAAGGUUCAGAGACAUGUCUUUUUUUUAUCCUUUUUUUUUUUUGGGAGAAAGAACUCUUAUUUUC